AUGGGCGCCAGCGACUCUAAGAUCGUCUUCAAACGGGGGAUAUUCCGACUCUCCGAGGAGCGGGAUAUCCCCGCUGACGAUGAAUACUGGACUUCGUUCUGGGAACUUCCCGAGUCCUCAGAGGAUGUAUUUAGUCUUUUCUCCCCCGCCGAUAUACGAAGAAGUCGCGACGAGGCCCUUGAAAAUAUCGAAACCCUUAUCCUCGCCUUGACAUCUCGUCUCUUCGUUCUGCGCCACCACCCGUCCUUUCCAGAUAGCGAACUGGCCCCCGAAAGGGAGGCACUCAACUGCGUACGAGUGCUGACUCGUAUACUGCCCUAUCUUUAUGAAAAAGAAUCGCUGCAUCAGUGGGAGGAGAAGUUCUUCUGGGGAGCGAGGAAGAGGAGAACCCGUCAGGCUGUUAUCGCAAACGAAGUGCUUUUUGAUGAAUCGACAGGCGACAAGGAAAAUACGGAAGGCGACAAGGAAGUUUUUGAAGAUGCAAAACCACUGGCAGAGGAGUUGUUAGAUACCAUGGUUGAUAUGCUCUUCUUUUCCGAGUUCACCAUACCCAAACAGCAACCCGGACGACCAAAAGUGACGUUUGCGAUCUGGCAGAGUGGCGUGGGCUGCAACACAGCAGUGCCAACUACAAAGGAGUUUGAAAGCAAUAGAUGCGAACUACUAAGAUUGAUCUUGGCGUUUGCUGGUCGCGGACUAUAUAUGAGCAGCCCGACCUUGACGCAAAACGGAGUGCGAACUCUGACGUACCUUUGCACAAAUUCGGACAAGCAGGUUGUGCUUUCGGUGCUCUGCUCUUUACUAAAUACGACUCUUAAGUAUCACCCAGCGAGCUGGCGCGUACCCUACAACUCGCUAGUCAUUCGAGACACCAAGCAGCUCCUCGUUACGCAGUCUCUGCACUUGCUGCUUGCAAUGCUCGUCUACACUGUCCCCGAGCAUGUUGACCCGUCAUCAAGAAAAAACCAUUAUCGCCAUUUCCUCGGCCGACUACAUCGACCCCAAGACUUCCAAUUCAUAGUGGAUGGCGUUUCGCGAAUCCUCACUCAGCCACUACAGGACAAAACAUCAUAUCUACCUGGGGCUAGCACAUCAAUAAACCUAUCAGCAGAGAUGUUGAUGCUGUUCUGGGAAAUGAUCCAAUGCAACAAAAGAUUCCGCGCCUUUGUCAUCGAUACGGACAGAGCACAUGACUUUAUCGUCUUGACGCUCUUCUACGCAAUCGAGUACAAGAAUGACCCGGCAAAGCAAGGCAUCGUUCGCAUGUGCGCUUUUUUGCUACAGACCAUGAGUGUGGAGAAGAACUUUGGCCUUCAUUUGAACAAAAAGUUUGUUGGCCAAGAGAGUCUCCCGCCCGGUAUCAGAAUCAACUCAUUCGACGGCUCAUAUGCCGACUUCCUCAUCCACUCCAUAUACACCGUCAUCACCACCAGCCAAGGCGGCCUCACUGCAAUAUAUCCGGCGCUACUAGCAAUCAUCAACAACAUUGCGCCGUACAUUGAGAACCUGGGAGCAUCAGGUAGCUCUCAGCUCAUGCAUCUCUUUGUUCUCAUGUCUUCGCCCUCGUUUCUUCUAGCGAACGAAACGAACCACACACUCCUGCGAUCUCUGCUGGAAUCUAUCAAUACGAUCAUUGAGCACAAGUAUAAAGAGAACAUUCAACUUGUGGUGGCCGUUAUGAAAAACAAGAAGCCAAUCGAGAACCUGCGAACAUUUACCCUCGAAAGCGGCCUAGAAGAAAUAGAGCGGCGCAACCGACGGCGCAAAGACGCAAAUGGAAAUGAUGAUGCUACUGACUUUGCAUCUCGUCGAACAUCAGUCGACAGCCACGCAUCUGGCAGGAGCCCCGUUGUGGGUCAAACAUACCCUCUCGAGGAAGUCGUGGAGGACAGUGCAUUUGCCAUCGGCGAUGAAGAAGAUAGCGACGAUGAACCGCAAGCGACACCUGCAGCAUCGACCACGAGUGAAAGCCGUUCACAAGCGUCUUCGACACCAAACGCCGAUGACUCUGUACCAGUGCAGCUGCGUGGCAUGUCAGAGAAGGCAAGAGGCAAGCUGCCGGCUGGUACUAGGUCCUUUUCCAGACAAAACAGUACUACAAGCUUGGGUGCCUAUUCUGUCGCCGGACAAAGUAGCAGCGGCAACUUCGAGCCGUCAACAUACUGGAUCGAAAGCUGGCUACCAGAGCUGCCCUUGCAUACAUUUCUCACAAUCAUCCAGCAAGUAUCGAGUCUGUUGCCACGAAAAGCAGGUCAGGACAUGUUUUCGGCGGAAAACAUUCAACGCAUUCGGGAGAUUGAUCUUGUGGGUGUCGAAGCGUCGCCAGUUAAGGUGCAGUCUUUUGAAUGGUCGCCGCUGUCACUUGGCUGGUAUGAGUCAAUGCUAUGGGGUGUAGUCUACGCGAGCGAGAUGCAGAUUGCAAAGGGUACCUCUGGCAUUUGGACUGGAACCGGUGUCAAGCUUUUCCGGAUUCAAGAAACCGCACCUACCGGUCCAACGCUGUCUUCGCCACGCGGCGCAGUUGAUGCUGUUGGCAGCAACAUUGUAUCUCGCAUUGGGCAAAUGAAUCUGCGAGGCGGUGGCGGUGGCGCCUCGAGCGGUGCCUCGGGCGGGAGUGCUCCUCAGACAGGGGGCAAUUGA